AAUGCUCAAUCGGCUUAGUCAAUCAAUGAGUGUAGAAAAAAUACGUUCUAGUCAAUGAGUAAAAUACAUUAAAAAAAACGACGCUUUAACUCUGUCAACUGUCAAAAAUGGCGCGAACAAAGCAAACUGCAAGAAAAUCAACCGGUGGGAAGGCUCCUCGAAAACAGUUAGCCACAAAAGCAGCUAGAAAAAGCGCUCCAGCCACGGGAGGAGUGAAAAAACCUCAUAGAUACAGGCCUGGGACCGUCGCUUUACGAGAAAUUAGGAGAUAUCAAAAGAGUACCGAACUCCUGAUACGAAAAUUACCGUUCCAAAGGUUGGUUAGGGAGAUAGCUCAAGAUUUCAAAACUGAUCUUCGGUUUCAAAGUUCAGCUGUCAUGGCGUUGCAAGAAGCGAGUGAAGCGUACCUCGUCGGAUUGUUUGAAGACACGAAUUUAUGCGCCAUUCACGCUAAAAGGGUUACAAUAAUGCCUAAAGAUGUACAAUUAGCCCGCAGAGUACGAGGAGAAAGAGCGUAAAGAUUUAAUAUUGAAAAUAUGGUUAUAUUUUUUACUUUUGACAUCCCAGUAUUGGGCCAACGAAAUUAUCUAUGACAAAAGCCCUUUUCAGGGCUACA